AUGAGGAGUUUUCAAGGGACUAUUGAAACUAAAUAACCAGAAAAGGACUUAAAGAAAUGGAAGAAGUACAUAAAGCAAUAUGAUAACAGUCCUGAGAAUUCUAAUAAGCUCAAAGAAAGUCCUCUGGAAAAAUUGAAAAUGACUGCAACUUAGAUGGAUUAUUUUAUAGUUAACUAGUCCAAAUCUCCUGUACUUGAGCUGAUAGAUUAUGCACAUAUGAAGAUAAACGAGGAUGAGCAGCGUACUAAAUAUAAAAUAUCGCAAAUUGAGAAAAAUCGAUUGGCUUUAAAAUAUAUCAAAUUGAAUGAGGACAUUCGCUCUCAUAGUAAAGUUGGAGAGCCAUUCAACUUAAGCAGACUAAGGACAAAACUAAAAACUUAGAUUGCAAAUAAGAAUCCCAAAUAAGAAAUCAAUAAAAACAAGGAAAUAUCAGUUUAAUAAGAUUAAGUAAUCAUUAAAUCUAACAAAAUAAAGAAUGCUGGAAAUAAAAUUUAGUUAAUCAAGAUUAUAGAUCAGCUUAAGGAGGAGGAAAAUAUGGGUAAGAAUGUAUCCUAGAAAAAUAACAGAAAUGAUUUCAUUAAUAUUAAUCGAAGCUUUGAUGAUGAGCCAUAUCAAAAUAACACAAGAAAUACUCACAAGAAUUUAUAAAAUUCACUGACUGCAUCAAUAAAUAAGAGUAUUGGAGACUAUGAGGAUCAAAGGCCUCAAAAUUAUUCUUUGCUAACUAAUAAAUUAGUAGAAAUCUAAGCCAACAUAAGGAUUAGAUCAAACUCUAACAUAUACAAUUCAGUAGAUUCCUAGCCCUUAUCCUCAAAAUUAAACAAGCAAUUAACAGGAUACCGGAGGAUCUCAAAGAUUAAUGAAUCAAUGGUAUCAAUCAAUGAGCAAUCUCAAUACUCUUUUAAAAAGGAAUAAAGUUUAAAGUCAAUAAAUCAUAGACUAGAUGGAUUGAAGAGGAUGUGCACAAAUAUUCUAGAUAAUAAAGCUGAUAGUUCUAUAUUUAGAGGAAACACCAGUGUCAAAAAUGAUGAAUUAAUUUUGAAUCAGCAAACUAGUCAAACAGCUCUCAAUUCUAAGAAUAAAUCCUACUAUAACUCAAGAAUUUCUUUAUUUGAAUAAGGUGGUAGUGUUAUUUAAGAAAAAACAUCGAAAAAUUUAAGGAAUACCUUGGGAGAUCAAUACUAGAUCAUUAGGCCUUAAAAAAUGGCGUUAAAUAAAAGAGACAAGUUAUAUAAUUCAAUUGAUGAUAUAAAUAAGCAGAUAAAUGAGGAGAAUGAUGAUAGUUUAAAUUUAGAUUAAAGUCAAGCAUAUGAAAUAGUUUCUAAGAGUAUAAAUAAUCUGAAUUCAAUAGGAUAAAGAAAUCAGAAUAAUAUGUCUUAAAAGUCGCUAUAAGUCAAAUAAAAGUUUUAACAAUCGCAAAAAUAUCUCUUUGAAUCGUAGAGAGUAAAUGAAAAUAUUAAUUAGGAGUAGGAUCAUUAAACUAUAUCUAAAAUAUCAGAUAAUAACCUAAACUCUGUAUAAUUUCUUAAAUCAGAUAAUAAUUAGCAGUACUUUAAUGAUUAUUCUUAAGCUAAUCUUAGUUAAAUGAAAUAAAAAAAUGCACCAUUAAGAAGAAAUAGCCAUUUAAACAAAAUUACAGAGAAAUUUGGAUAUUUAAACAAGAGUGUUGAGCUUGAAAGAUUAGUUGAUAAGAGUAUUAAUGGCAUUGAUAAGGCUUUAGCUAACUAUGAUUAGAGAGUGAUAUAGAGGAUAGGGCCAGAUUAAAGAAGCAUUUAGAACUAGAAGGAAAAGAUUAAAGCAUUAAUGAAUAAGUAAAAGUUAAGAUAAAAAUAAAGUAUGCUCGAAUAUUAUAAAGAAAUGGACUAUCUCAAGAAAACAUAAAAAAUCUGA